UCAGAACACAAGAAUGGGGUUUAAUACAGUUUUGUGUGUUGCUGUGGCUGUGCUUAAUCUAGCAGGCAGUUUCUGUCAGAUGGUAGAUGUUCUCUCCUCAGUGUGCGGCCAAGCUCCUCGCAACAACAAAAUUGUUGGAGGGCAGGAUGCGACUGAGGGGUCUUGGCCCUGGCAAGUAAGCAUUCACGAUCUCAAUACUAAUAGCCAUGUCUGUGGUGCGAGUCUCAUCAACAACGAUUGGAUUUUGUCUGCAGCUCACUGCUUUGUUGGCUCCCAACAAUCAGACUUUGGGAUCUACUUGGGACGUCAGAGCCAGCAAGGCCCAAACCCGCAAGAGAUUUACAGAACAGUGAUUCAACUCAUCAGACAUCCUAACUAUAACCUAAAUACUCAAGACAAUGACAUAGCACUGCUUCAGCUCUCCUCUCCUGUGAAUUUCACUGAAUAUAUUCUACCAGUUUGUCUUGCUGCUGCUGGCAGUGAAUUUGAUCAGGGACUUUCAAGUUGGGUGACAGGAUGGGGGGACACUUCUGGAAACAGCAAUUUUCCAGACAUAUUGCAGGAGGUGGAGAUUCCAAUUGUGAGCAGCUAUAACUGCAAUUUCUCCUAUGACGGUAAUAUCACAGACAACAUGCUGUGUGCUGGACUAUUAAAUGUUGGAGGGAAAGACUCAUGUCAGGGUGAUUCGGGAGGGCCACUGGUUGUUAGGCAGGAGAGCAGAUGGAUACAGGCUGGCGUUGUAAGUUUUGGUCUAGGAUGUGGAGACCCCAGUUUUCCUGGUGUGUACACCAGAGUGUCUCAGUAUCAGGGCUGGAUCGCAAGUGUCAUCAGGGGCGAUGUUCCGUUUAUUCCGUUUCCCAUUUAUUAUAUGACUUAUGAUAUCUUUAGUGGAGGCUCACCCAGCCUUUGCUUAUUUCCCCUUUCCCUCACAUUCUCCAUCAUCUCUCUCAUCUUCUUUCUCUUUAAUUGAAGAUUGUCAUAAUACACUGUAAAAAAUAAUACGCUGGAUUUACUUAAAAAUAUAGUGCAUCAUUUUUGCAUCCAUUACAUAAAUUGUUUAAAAUUCCAUGUGAAACUUACUGAAAAAAAUGGAUGCAAAGUGAUGCACUAUAUUUUCAAGGAAAUCUAGCCUUUAUUUUUUUCAGUGUAAUUGCAGGAAUAUAGCGAAGAAGCAACAUGUGUGUACACACUGUCAUAAAUUUGGUGAUGAGGGAAGUUUUUUUCAUUUCUUUCUUUUUUUCUAUUAUUUGAAAGCAAACUAGUAAUAAAAAUUAGUUGUGUAUCUGUAGUAUAAGGGGGUGCCCUUUCAAAAAGCACAGAUUUGUACCUAAAGGCUGCAUAUUAGUACAUCGAAGAGAUACAUAUUGGUAUCUUAAUAUCAUGCUGUUUUUUGUACCUUUAGUAAAUUGUACAUAUUAUAAACUUUUUAAAGGGUACCCUUCCAGUAACGCCUUUAUUUCUGACAGUGUAAUGAGAUCUCAACCCAAUCAGUCUUUACUGUAAUGUGAUCUGAUUGUUAUAUGUAGAUAUCAUGUACUGUUUAAAUCACUCAAUAAAAAUAAUAAAAAAAUAAAGUAAAGUAAUGAGUAAACUCAUUCUGCUGUUAUUUUUUUUUUUAAACAUGCAUUUGACAUGAUUUUGGGUUUUAAACAUCAAACACAGAAUCAUACAUUAAUAAAAUAAUAUGUGAAAAAGUGGUAAUAUAAAAAGUAUACUUCUUUUAUAAAGUACAUUUAUAAUUCUC